AUGUCCAAUCCACCGUUGUCUAGAAGUUGGGUGGAAAUUCGUCGGGCCCUCGAGCAGGCUCGGGACCUCAACGCAGACCCUGCCGCCAAAGUUCUACUAGACGCUGUCGUGGAGGAGCUGUGGGCGCGGAUACAGGCUCAGCCAGACACCUAUCUUCUUAGUCCGGACGAGUUCGCCCUCUUCAAUUAUUACCGGCUAUCAUACUCGGGACCCGUCGCUCAGCGUGCUGUGGCUCGUUUCUGGAAUACCUAUCAGGGGAGCGAUCCCAAUGGAAGCAAGAAAUAG